GUCCGCGCUUCUCCCUGUUGUCAUUUUCAGCAUUUAAUUCAACUAUAUAUCAAUUUCACGGCUUCCUCAGUUGCACAAGCUUCUCACGUGGAGAUCUCAUCUUGGUAGAAGAAGUUACCUCCCUCUUUCUUCUCUUCCUCCUUUAAAAACCCUCACCUCCUCAGUUUUCGUUUCACUCUUGCCAACCCCAUUCUCCCUAGUAUUUUUUUUUUCUCUAAAACUAAUUAAUGGGUCCUUCGAACAAUUCCUUUUCUAGCUUCAAACAGCUGACAAAGGAUUUUCCUUUAGAGCACAGGCCUCGAAUGCUCAAAGAUUUUCUCUUUGAUCAUGAUUCAAUCUCAUGCUCCUCAAGCAUUCCAACCCUCAUCCAACAUGAUCUUAAUGCUGAAAAGGGGCUCAAAAGUCGAUCAACAGCACUCUCUGCAUUCCAGGCAAUGAUUAACAAAGCCGUCAAGAACAUCCACUUCGCUGCCAUCAAAUCUCCACCACUUUUACCCAGAAGCCUUUCUCGAAGGCUCUCUAGAAGUAGAAGGAGCUCAUGCAGGGAGAGUGAAACUGAAAACAAACAAACUCAAACCAAAAUUACAGUCACCAUCAAAGACAUCAUACGGUGGAAAUCAUUUCGAGACACUGUAGAAGAGGAAUCACAGCCGUCGGCCUUGUCAUGCUCCCCACAUCACUGCAAGACAGCCACCACCACCACCACUACACCCAGUAGCAGUAGUAGUAGCAGUAAUGGAUCAAGCUGGUGUGAGAGUGAUUUCACAUCAGAGUACGGUCAUUUUGAGGAGACGUGCGGUGAAAAGGAAUAUGGGGUGAUGGGUAAAGAAUAUCCACAGCGUGUCGGCGAGGAAGAUGAUUCAAUAUUGGGGCAGACAAGAAGCGAAACAAAUAAAGCAGUGGGUCUGAAGGCGGAGGAGAAGCAACAGAACAACCCAGUUUCAGUAAUCGGCGUCCAAUCUGAUGAGGAUGAAGAAGAAGAAGAAAAGGUGUGGCAGUUGCUGAAUGUUGUUAAAGAGACGAAGUCAGUUGGGGACUACAGAGUACUGGUGGAUUUCUUUCUAUAUGAAUUGGAGAGAAAGGGAUCCCAAAGGAUAAACAAUGGGUUCGAUUGCGAGAUGUUAAGCAGAGGAAGAGCUUGGAUCAAUGGGGAAGGAGGGCUGUGGAUGGACUGGGAUAAGAAGGAGAGUUGUGUAAGAGAAAUGGAGAGGGAAGUGAAGUGGAGCAAGUUGAAGGAGGAGGAAGAAGAAGUUGCUUUGGCAAUUGAGAAUGGGAUGCUUGAUGAGCUACUGCUUGAUCUCUUCUCUUGAAUUUUGCCAGUUUGUGUUUCAUGCCUUGGCCUAUGCUAAAUUUUAGGAGAAGAAUGUAUAUAAAUAACAAAAAGAGGAAGUUAAUUAGAGAAAUUCCUGAUUUUUCUUAGUAAUUUUAUGUGGAAUUUUCUUC